AGUAGAUUAUUGGUAAAAUAACUUUCCCGAUUUGAUUAGGAUCGUUGAUAAACUUCCAUACUAUUAUAAUUUUUUUUUAUAUAUAAAAAAGUUAAUACAAUAGCGAUAAAGUUUCUAUCGAUGGUAAAGUCAUAGGCAAAGGAAAUAAGCAAUUAUCGAUGUAAUUGCCAAAAUGCUAAAAGCCAUAUAUUUCCCAGUUUACUAAAAUAUCUAGUCAACAAAGCAAUAAAAAUGGAAAUGAUUUUAUAGUUUUAGAUUACAAUAAUCUUUGAUAUAAAUAAUUUUCGUAACCAUAGUUUCACGUCGUAUAUGAAUUAACAUUUAAUGUGUCAUUUUAAGUAAUUGUUUUUGAAAUUAAUCUAUUGGGAAAUGUUGAUGAAAUUUUGUAAUUAGAAAACAACUUUGGGAGAUAACAAUGGCGCGCUUUUUUGAUGGACGAGUUGAGAGCCCUGGUCGUUUCGGUAAUACUGUCAAUAUUGCCAAUACAAAAUCCAAAACAAUGCCUGUUUUAUCACCAUUAGAUUCUCUACAAGCUGAUGUUGAUGUUCUGGCAGAUGUAAGUGCGGCGGCAGUCCAUAACGUGGUACGAAUUACAUCCAACGAGUCACCACAUCUAAUAAAAAAAAUGCCCAAUAUAAAAGUGUUUAGUGGUACUUCUCAUCCUGAUCUUGCUCAAAGAAUUGUGGACAGAUUAGGUAUUGAUUUAGGAAAAGUUGUCACAAAAAAAUUUAGCAACCUAGAAACAUGUGUGGAAAUUGGAGAGUCAGUGAGAGGUGAAGAUGUCUACAUUGUGCAGUCAGGCUGUGGUGAAGUCAACGAUAAUCUAAUGGAACUUUUAAUUAUGAUAAAUGCUUGUAAAAUAGCUUCUGCCAGUCGUGUAACUGCAGUGAUUCCUUGUUUCCCAUAUGCCAGACAAGACAAGAAAGAUAAGAGCCGAGCCCCGAUUUCCGCAAAACUAGUUGCUAAUAUGCUGUCCGUUGCUGGAGCAGAUCAUAUAAUUACCAUGGACCUUCAUGCAUCUCAAAUUCAAGGUUUCUUCGACAUUCCAGUAGAUAAUUUAUACGCGGAACCUGCGGUCUUGAAAUGGAUCAAAGAAAAUAUAGCUGAAUGGCGAAACAGUAUUAUUGUAUCUCCAGAUGCUGGUGGAGCCAAGAGAGUCACGUCAAUUGCCGAUAGGCUCAAUGUCGAAUUUGCUCUCAUUCACAAAGAAAGAAAGAAAGCUAAUGAGGUUGCUUCAAUGGUGUUAGUUGGUGACGUCAAAGAUAGAGUAGCUAUAUUGGUAGACGAUAUGGCGGAUACUUGCGGAACUAUAUGUCACGCUGCGGAAAAAUUAAUGGAGGCCGGCGCGACUAAAGUUUAUGCAAUUUUAACACACGGAAUAUUCUCUGGGCCUGCCAUUUCAAGAAUAAAUAAUGCUUGUUUCGAAGCAGUAGUUGUAACAAAUACAAUCCCUCAAGACGGUCAUAUGAAAGAUUGUUCCAAAGUUCAGUGUAUUGACGUAUCAAUGAUGUUUGCAGAAGCAGUUAGACGUACACACAACGGAGAAUCAGUAUCAUAUCUAUUUUCCAAUGUACCCUAUUAAUAAUAGACACAUAAUUUACAAUUUUAUAGAAUUGAGAUCUUAUCUGAAACAUUAUUGAAUUAUUUUUUAAAUUUAAUCUAUUAUUAGAUAUUGCGUAAAGUUACUCUUAAAUUGGAGCAUUAAAUAGUAAUACCUCAACACUCCACUCUACAUAUUAAGUUACCCUCCAGAUCUAUCUAGCAAUAUAUAUAUUUUAAAAUUCCGUGGAAUAUGUGAUUAUUGUUGAAUAAAUAAAUGUUAUGAGA